CGUGCCCUCUUCUCCUCACUUCCGCCGCUUUCCACACACGACACCAGCCGAAGCCACCGCCCUCCAGCGAGCAAAGGCAUUGCCGCGAUGCCGCCGGUGGUCCCGAGGUCCGACAGGAUAGUUCGCCGGACGGCGAUGGUCGGCGCAGCCACCGCCGCCUACUUGCUCCUCACCGCCGACUACGGCCCCGGCUACCCCAACCCUAUAAGGAAUGCCUUGGAAUCGUUGUCUCUGUUCCCCAAAUCAGACACAGACAAGGAUAAUGUUCAUCAGGCUGAACAAGAUACAAGUAACUUGAAGCCAGAUGGUACAGUAAUCAAAAGCAGCAGUGCAUCGCCUACUGGGAAUUAAGCUAGAUAGGUGAGACCAUGAUUUGCAUCUUUAUAUACUGUAAUAUAUAGCCACUGUGAGUGUUUCCAUGUUCCUGAGCUGGACUGUUAGCAGUCGGUCAGUCAGAUCGGCUUCCCCUUUUGUUCUCAUUACCCAGCAGUUGCUGUUGCCAUGUAUCCGGAUGCAGUGACCGUUUCAGUUAUGAUCGUUUCAGUUUGUACUGUUCAUUCAUGUUGAAAAACAAGGUCAUGAUGGCAACCUGAUAGAUCAUCUA